UAUUGAAUAAUAGAGUUGCAGUAGGUAGAAGGUGAUGUUAUUUGGCGGUAUUUCUGGUUUUAAAAAUGGUAUGGUCAUGGUGGGCUUCUACAACAGAUGGAACCAAGUUUUAGGAGCUGUAAUGACUAUUAUUAGUCAAGGAAGAAGAGAGUUUAGCUUGUACAAACUUUGAAAAUUGUAUACGAGAAAGAGACUGAUCGACUAUCUUAGCACCAUGACUGCGUUUGAGGAGUGUUUGAUUGUUCAUCAGAACACAAAAAAGGAGAGAAUUGUUUUAGUUGGUAUUCGAAUCGAUAGCCAUAGCAGAGAGAUUCUCAGCUGGGCUCUUGUGAAGGUUGCUGAGCCUGGAGAUUCUGUUGUUGCAAUCCAUAUCUGUCGAAAUUCAGAUGAAGCUUUGAAAAAGAAACCCUCUUUAGAUGAUUACCUGGAAGUGUACCAAGGCUUAUGUAGUGUUAAAAAGGUGGAACUUACUGGUCAGAUAUUAACAGGAAGUUCAGGCAGAAGGGCCCUGGUGAGAGAGGCAAAGAGUUAUGGUGCUGAAGCUCUGGUUUUGGGCAUAAGUAAACAAAGCAAUAUUCGGAGUAGGAUUUCCACAGCCAAAUACUGUGCCAAGAGACUAUCUUCAACCACAGAGGUUCUGGCUAUUCACAAUGGGAAAAUUCUCUUCAGGAGGUGCCCCAUCGUUGAACUUUCAGGCCCUCAAGAGGAUGAUCCCAAAGGACCCAAACAAGGUCUUUUUACAGCAAAAGAAACUGUGUCUGAAUUUGGUGACUCUGAAGCGGAGACAGAAACUGUGAUAUCUAUUUGUGAAACGACAAGGAGUGCUGACUCUUUCAGCCUAACAAGCCAUCAAGAAAGGAGAAGAAGCCUUUCAAGAUCAGAUUCUCUUCUUUCAACAGAUUCUUUUUCUAUGGACCAAAAGCUUGGUUGGCCUUUGCUCAGAAGAUCAAGUUCAGGGACCUCAAAUACCCCAAAGGCAAAGAACAUCUCAGUGGUUCAAUGGGUAAUGAACUUACCAGAUCGGUCUCCACUGCAAUAUCUACAUUGUCCAACUAUAGUAGAGAACCCCAACAUGGAAGCAGAGCUCAGUGACUUUGAUAAUGACACUAGUAAUAGUAUCAAGUUAUCUGAUUUUAAUGAAAUACCAGAAGGGUUGCAAAAUCUCUUACAAACCAACUCAUGUGGUUGCAAAUGGUUCACUCUUGAUGAUCUCAAAGCUUCAACUUCUCAUUUCUCUUCAGAAAACUUGAUUGGAAAAGGAGGGUGUAACCGUGUGUAUAAGGGAACUCUUGAAGAUGGAAAAUUAGUGGCAAUUAAGAUUCUUGAACCAUCAAAACAAGGGUGGAAAGAUUUCGCCAUCGAAUUCGACAUUAUAUCUUCUUUGAAGCACAAACGCAUUUCUUCUUUGCUGGGAAUUUGUGUUGAAGAUAAUGCUUUGAUAUCUGUUUAUGAUUUUCUUCCUAAUGGAAGCUUAGAAGAAAAUCUACAUGGUAAGAAGGAAGACAAGUUUGUUUUGUCAUGGGAGCUAAGAUAUGAUGUAGCUAUUGGGAUUGCCGAAGCUCUCCAUUACCUUCACAAAGAAAGUCCUCAACCAGUGAUUCAUAGAGAUAUUAAGUCUGCAAACAUUCUUCUCUCUAAUGAGUUUGAAGCAAAGUUAUCUGAUUUUGGAUUGGCUAUAUGGGGUCCCAUAACUUCAUCUUUUUUGACCCAAGGAGAUGUGGUUGGAACAUUUGGCUAUCUAGCACCUGAGUAUUUUAUGUAUGGAAAAGUCAGUGACAAGAUUGAUGUCUAUGCAUUUGGAGUUGUACUUCUUGAACUCUUGUCAGGAAGAAGACCAAUUAAUUCUGAUUCUCCUAAAGGACAAGAGAGUUUGGUCAUGUGGGCAAAGCCAAUACUAGAGAGCAGAGAUGUAAAAGCUUUACUAGACCCAGAUUUGGAUGGCAAAGUUGAUGAGGUCCAAAUGAAGAGAAUGGUUCUGGCAGCAACUCUUUGCCUCAUUCGUUCAUCUAGGCUUCGGCCUAGUAUCAUCCAAAUAAUGAAGAUAUUAAAAGGAGAAGAAGAUAUUGAGAAGUGGGCAAACUCAAAAAACAAUCUUCGACAACAUGACAUAGCAGAGAACCAAGAACAAGAAGAUGAUGAAGUGUAUCCUAAUUCAAGUGCAGAGUUGCAUUUGAGUCUUGCAUUGCUUGAUGUUGAUGACGAUGAAAUGACGUCGUUUAGCAGUACAGACAGAUGCAGCAGCCUCUAUUUGGAUGAGUCCUAUAAAGACCGAUGGAGUAGGUCAUCAAGUUUCGAUUGAUCAGAGCUGUAAACUUGUGGAUGGAUCCUGUAAUUUAUAGAUGUACAGUAGAGAAAAACAUGACAAAAAAGAAAAGCACCCAAGGUUUGAGGUGGUUUUUUUAUUGAGAA